AUGUGGAAUCUGCACGUCAACGGAUCAUCAAAUCGACUGGGUAGUGGAGCUAGGGUCAUACUCGAAGGGCCGAACGCAUUCGCCAUUGAGCAAUCCAUUCGGUUUGGAUUUAGGGCAUCUAACAACCAAGCAGAAUAUGAGGCUUUACUUGCCGGUCUUAGACUAGCAAAGGAGAUUAGAGUUAAACGCAUUACCAGUUGGAGUGAUUCAAAAAUUGUGGCCGAACAGGUUAAUGAUACAUAUCAGGUUAGGGACCCGGUUAUGCUUAAAUAUUACCAAGAAUUCAAGAAAAUAAAAAAUGAAUUUGACGAGGUAUGUGUUCGGCACACGCCAAGAAACAUGAACGAACGGGCCGACAGGCUUGCUAGGCUGGCUAGCCAAAGGAAACCAGGGCAGUUGCACAACAUGGUUCGUCAAGAAAUCCUCCAACCUAGCAUCACCAAACAAGAAUUCAUGGACGUAGAAAAUUCAUCUCAUAAUUGGAUGACCCCACUCUUCGGGUAUAUCAUCGAUGGCAGCUUACCAGAGGAUACAACUUCAGCUAUUAAAAUAAAAAUGCACACAGCUAAGUACCUUCUUCUCGGCAAGCACUUGUACAGGAGAGGAAUUUCAACUCUUAUGCUUAAAUGCCUAAACCACGACCAAGCUAACUACGUCAUGAGGGAAAUCUAUGAAGGAAUUUGUGGUACCCAUUCAGGCAGAAGAACUAUGGCAGCAAAAAUACUCAAAGCCGGAUAUUACUGGCCAACACUCACUCAAGAUUGCCAUUUGUUUGUGAAGAAAUGCAUUCCCUGUCAACAACACGGUCCUCACAUACACCAACAUGCCGAUACCUUUCGCCCUAUUAACUCUCCUUGGCCUUUUGCCAUAUGGGGAAUGGACCUCCUCGGCCCUUUCCCUUUAGCAAAAGGGCAAUGUAAAUUUCUCCUUGUUGCUGUGGAUUACUUCACCAAAUGGAUAGAAGCCAAACCCCUUGCCACCAUCACGGCCAACAAUAUCGGUGAUUCAAUGAGUUCUUGGAAGACUAAUGGCCAGACUGAGGCUACAAACAAGGUGAUCUUACAUGAAUUAAAAAAGAGAUUGGGUUCGGCAAAGGGAGAAUGGGCAGAGAAACUGCCCGAAAUAUUAUGGGCUUAUUGGUGCACGCUGCAAACCACAACAAAGGAAACUCCUUUUUGGCUUACCUAUGGUACUGAUGCCAUGGUGCCAGUAGAGAUUGGAGAACCUUCAUUUCGGAGGAAGAAUUUUGAGGAAUCGGCUAAUGAAGAAGCAUUGGCCAUCAACCUCGACUUAAUAGAUGAGAUACAUGACCAAGCUGCCAUUAUGACUGAGGCUAGCAGAAGAAUGAUGGCUAGAAAAUUCAACUCCAAAAUCAAUCCACGCCAAUUUUACGAAAAUGACCUAGUCUAG